AUGAGCUUCGUGCUGCUGGAGGACGAUGCGGAUCCUCGGUCCACGAUGCAAGAGGCUUUUGUCAUGAUCAACGCGAGUGACGAGAUCCCUAUUCUGUCCGAUAUCCCCAAUGAAAAACACUCGCUAAGCGCUAUCAAACUCAGUCGCCAGGAGCUGAACCGCGAGCGGGAUUUUCGAUGUCAGCAGCAAAAGGAGGAGCGAUUGCAGUUGCAAAUGCAGACGCAACGCCUGGACAUGUAUUUAUCACAAUUGAGAGAAAGCAGCAGCAAGAUGCAACACCAGCGAGUGGAAGCAGAACGGCUUAAUAAGUCGCUCACAAAGGCGCUAGUAGCCGAGAAAAAGUGGUCGAAGAGUUUGCAAUCCGUACUAGACAAACAAUCUCCUACGGUGUUGAAAGACGACCCAGUGGCCAUAAGGAGAGAGAUCAUGACGCUGAUGGACACAAUGUACCAUGAAGCCAAGGCGACAGUAGAUCCGGUAAAUGGCGCGGCGGCGUCGAUACCGGCAUUGUCGUGCCAUUACAACGUUAGAUUGGACCCGAAAAGAGGUCCAACUUCUCAGUUAACGUCGGAAACUCCGCUGGAUUGCAGCUUGGAUUCCUCUCGAGAACUUUUAUCGGCCAUGUUUUCCGUGCCAGAUCCUGUCCAGCCAAGCUUAAAAAUUCGCAGAACUCGGGCGAAGAGAACGUAUACUGAGGGGGAGAUAGAGAAAGAAUUCACAGUGGAUCUCGGAGGAUCUAGAAUGAACGAGUGUCUGGACGGAGUGGGACUCCUGCGCCGACACAGCGAGGAUGACUGCGAACUGGUCAUCUGGGCUGCCAUUUCGUUCCAUCACAGCGGCAAAAUUUCGUUCCGCGAGUGUUCGUGGAUGGCAGCGGCGCGGUCAGCGCCGUCUACUGAUAAAGAGUCUGUUAUACGCGUUAAGUACCGUCUUAGCGCUGAGAAAGCCCAAGGAUGUACCUAUAUUAACGGCGAACAUAUUGACCAAGUACGUAACCACGCGCUUCAAGCUAUAGGGGCCAAGAUGAAGGCGAAACAUCACAUGCUGCAGAGGAAAAUGCUGAUUGAAACAGGUAGACAAGACCUGGCGAGUUUUAUCACGUAA